UCUGUAGGUUUUAGUGACUGCACGCUUUUCACGGGAAUACUGCUUGUAACGAGCUUUUGGCUGCUCGUCCGGGCUGGAAGAAGACUCUCUCUUGGGUCAAGCCUUGCCAGUCAGACUCUGCUGUAAAAGACCCUACAGCUGUGGAAAGAGCAAAUUUACUGAACAUGGCUAAAUUGAGUAUCAAAGGACUCAUUGAAUCAGCUUUGAGCUUUGGUCGUACUCUGGAUUCUGACUACCCUCCUUUGCAGCAGUUCUUUGUUGUCAUGGAACACUGCCUGAAGCAUGGCCUUAAAGUAAGAAAAUCCUUUUUAAGUUACAAUAAAACCAUCUGGGGUCCUCUGGAACUUGUGGAGAAGUUAUAUCCAGAAGCAGAGGAAAUAGCAGCAAGUGUCAGAGAUUUACCUGGCCUCAAGACACCGCUGGGCCGUGCCCGUGCCUGGUUACGGUUAGCACUAAUGCAAAAGAAAAUGGCUGAUUAUCUUCGCUGCUUAAUCAUUCAGAGAGAUCUUCUCAGUGAAUUUUAUGAAUAUCAUGCACUAAUGAUGGAGGAAGAAGGAGCGGUUAUUGUUGGGCUGUUAGUUGGGUUAAAUGUGAUAGAUGCUAACCUAUGUGUAAAGGGAGAAGACCUAGAUUCACAAGUUGGGGUGAUUGAUUUCUCUAUGUAUUUAAAGAGUGAUGACGACAUUGGGGGUAAGGAAAGAAAUGUCCAGAUUGCUGCAAUUUUGGACCAAAAGAAUUAUGUUGAAGAACUAAACAGACAACUAAAUAGCACAGUUAACAGCCUACAUGCAAGAGUUGAUUCAUUAGAGAAAUCAAACACUAAACUGAUUGAAGAGCUAGCGAUAGCCAAAAACAAUAUAAUUAAACUUCAGGAAGAAAACCAUCAAUUAAGGAGUGAAAAUACACUUAUUUUAAUGAAAACACAGCAUCAUCUAGAGGUAACUAAAGUGGAUGUUGAAGCAGAGCUUCAGACAUACAAACACUCCAGACAGGGUUUAGAUGAAAUGUACAAUGAAGCACGUAGGCAACUUCGAGAAGAAUCACAGCUUCGACAAGACAUGGAGAAUGAGCUAAUGGUUCAAGUUAGUAUGAAACAUGAGAUAGAACUUGCCAUGAAGUUGCUGGAGAAGGACAUCCAUGAGAAACAGGAUACUCUCAUAGGCCUUCGACAGCAGCUUGAUGAAGUUAAAGCAAUUAACAUGGAAAUGUACCAAAAGCUGCAGGUUACUGAAGAUGCUAUGAAAGAAAAGAAUGAAAUAAUUGGUCGAUUAGAGGAUAAGACUAAUCAAAUUAAUGCAACUAUGAAACAACUGGAACAAAGAUUGCAGCAAGCAGAGAAGGCUCAAAUGGAAGCUGAGAAUGAGGAUGAGAAACUUAAAGAGGAAUAUGUGAAUAAAUCUGAAAGACUGCAGAAGGAAUUCUCCCAGAAGGAGAGACAGUUGCUUCAGCUGGAAACAGAUUUGAAAAUAGAAAAAGAAUGGCGACAAACCUUAGAAGAUGAUCUUCAGAAGGAAAAAGAAACUAUAUCUCAGCUCAGAAUAGAGACUCAAGAAAUAAUUAGCCUUAAAAAAGAGUUCCUUAAACUUCAGGAGAAGAACAGGCAAUUGAAAAGGAUAUGUCAAGACCAAGAAGCAGCUCUCCAAGAACUGGCAUGCAAGCUGAGCGAAUCAAAGCUGAAAAUAGAAGAUAUAAAGGAAGCAAACAAGGCAUUGCAGGGCCAGGUUUGGUUGAAGGACAAAGAAGCUACACACUGCAAGUUAUGCGAAAAGGAAUUUUCACUUUCCAAAAGGAAGCAUCAUUGUAGAAAUUGUGGUGAGAUCUUCUGUAAUGCUUGCUCUGACAAUGAACUGCCUCUGCCUUCCUCACCAAAGCCUGUUCGCGUCUGUGAUUCCUGCCACGCGAUACUUAUACAGAGGUGCUCUUUUAACGUACCAUAAAAUCUUUUUACAAAAUAUUUAUCAACUUUUGCUAUUUAGCUAAUUCUGUAAAAACAUAGUAAGUAAAGAAUGUAUGCAGCACUGUUUCUGGAAUUUCAGGUAAGCAGUCUCGAGUUGCGUUUUCAAGGUACUGUAAAGGAGUUAGAUGUCUGCUUCCUGUUGAAACACCUUGAGAAAAUGGGACUCAAACACCCUUUUGGCUCCUGCAAGGAUACCAUCCUGAAUUACUUCUUUGUUAUGUCCAGGAGCUUGCUUAGGAAAACACAUUUUAUCUAGCCUAAAUAUAGGGAAUAGUUCACACUGAUACUUUUCUUCAGCAAAUUCUUUAGUCAAAUUCAGGGGACACUGAGGAAAUGUUGGAAGGCAGCCUGUUGGUUUUCCUCCAAAACAUGCGAUCAGUAGGAUUGUGUUUUGAUGCAAAAGGUACAUAGCAAAUUAUUAAUGUAGACAACGUAUAUAUGGAAACUGAAAUUAAUGUAAUAUUAAGUAUAUUUACACAGCUGUUAGCAACUCAUUUUGAAAAGGCUGGUUUUGUUUGGUUCUGUUUCUUUAAAAGGCGAUAUUAGCUUAUACCAGCAAUUUCCGGUGAGGUCCGUGGGAAUGGCAUAUGAAAUCAAGGUAGCGUUUAAGCUUUGGGCAUUCUUAAAUGUGUAUUACCUUAAUGGAACAAAACAAAAACUUCUGCAAAAAUGCAGUGCCAUUAAUUUCAGAGUAGUGUUUGUCUUUUAAUACACGUGCUUAACGUUUUCAGAUUUGUGAGAGAACUGCAAUAUCUUUGUUAUAUUGAAAAUUUAGUAUCUUUAGGAGGAUAAGUUAUUCCUUUGAAAGGUGAGAUGUGUUAAAUUCUGUUAACUUGUAGUUAUUAUGAGAAGGAAAAAAAUUAUUUCAUUUCCUUUUCAUUGUUCAGCCUGAAAAACCUAAAAUUCCAAAAACAUUUUAGCUUUGUAGUAUCUUUUUAACAUUCCAUUUCAUAUUUUAUGUUGUUUAUUGAUAUUGUUAAUCCCAGGAUUUCAAAGGGGAUAUAUCAGUUGUCUUUAAAGUAAGAAAGAAUCAAACGGAAGUCUGCAUUGAUUCUGAUAUGCAGUCUCGGGUUGGGGGGGAGGGGGAAGAAGACAUGUUUUGAGUUAUUUUGGCUUUCAGGUUCUUAGAAUGUAAUUGAUCUGUAUGUUCUGCCUCCCCCCACCCCCGGCUUUUCCCAAGAGAGUAAAAAGUUAGUGAGAUGUGAAACUGUGGUCCUAAAUUUGGGACUUAGGCAGACUUCUUUCUUAGAUCUGGUCCUUCAUAUUUGUAUGUAUUCUUUUUGCAGUGAAAGUGGUCUCAAUAUCUUGUAUGCAAUUUUGUAGUUGUAAAACCCUCUGUAACUUUUUUGAAUUAAUAGUGAAGCUUUUAUUCUGAUUUUUAGCUGGUAACAGAGUUUUACAAUGACAAAAAAUAUACCAACUAACUCCCUUCUUCCCCUUCUCCCCACCACCUCAUCAGUGAUUGUUGUGGGAGCUUACUCAAGAGAUUCACAAAUAUUUUUUCCAAACCAGGAGUUUUACUUCGCUGUCCCGAUUAGUAUAGUCGCACUGAUACAAAAGUAUUAAACAGUAGCUGUUACGGGAAGGUCUUGUUUAUUAAGAGAAGCUGUCUAUAUUUGUAGAUGUAGCUACAUUCACCAGAGUAAGAUGUCCCUUAAAAUACAAACAGAAAAUAUUUCUGUUUUCUUGCUAUAAAGUGAUCCUUCGCCUCAACAUCAAGCCAGAGUUUCUACUGAGCUACAGCCCUUUCGAUUUCAGUCCAUUCAUGCUGUGAGCCCAUAAACCUUAGGGCAAGUGUAAAGGCUGUGCACAUUGCCUCUAGUUUAAGGAGAAGGUCAGAGCAGCUUAUCUCUGUCCCUGUCUGAACAACCUCUCUAGGAAGAGACAAACUUGAGAGUGACAGCAAGGUUUCUGUCAUUGCGUCAACAGAGGCUGGCUGUGUCACAGAGAAGAAUCAACAGCCUAGGUGCUUAGGGACCUUCAGUUAAUUUUGUGACACCAUUUCCCCAGAUUGUGUGACAGCUGCUUGACAGAGCUGAGAAGCUGUCUCUGAAUUCAUGAGAGUAAACUUGAAGUGAAAUCUUCCAAGCAGAAAUAUGCUCACUGAUGCCUCUGUAAUUUGAUAACUGUUUUGAAUGCCACAGACACUGAUAAAUCAUUGAUAUUUAAAUGAUAUACAGUACCAAAGAUCAAAAAUGCAUGCCUUAAAAAUGCACGUGACAGUAUUAGUCCAAUAAGUGACCCAGAGCUCUUUCGGAGGAAGGGAGGGCAAUUUAAGAAGGAGAUCCAGUGUUAAUAUAUAUUAGAUGAGUGUCUUAGGCAUCAAAGAUGAUACUUAACCUGUUUUUACAGGGUAGUCUGCAACAAGUCAGAUGUAAUUCUGCUGCAAAGUUUGCUUGUGAUACGCUAUUGUGAAGCAAAACUGUGGUAGCUGGUUUUAAAUUUAAAAAGGAAUAUCUGUAACUUAAGUAACGCAAUUAAUGCAGGUUGUCCAGUAUGCUUUCCCUCAUUUUCAAGAUUUGAUACUUCAGAGAUUAUUGCACUGACACCUGUUUUCUGUAGUCACAGGCAUAGAGAGAGAUUUUGUCAGAUAGGUAAGAAAAAAUUGUAGGGUAAUAAACAAGUCAUCUAAGUGUCAAUAGAUGAUGGAAGGUGUAUUUUUCUGAAUUAUUUUUUAAAAUUAUAAAUGUGACAUGUCCAGGUUUCCAUUAAGAGAGAGCUGUCCAUCAGAAAGUUUUUGCUUCACAUUGUCUGUAACCUCAAACAAAUUUCUUUGCAUUAUUUCCAUGUAAAUCAUGUUUUUUCUUAGCUUGUAUGCGCAGUCACAGUAUGCUGAAAGUACGGUUCUAGCAGCUGAGUGGUUUUGGUGCCAAGAGACACUAGGACUGAAUACUAGGAACCACAGAUCCUUUCUUGGCUGCCUGCAUUGGACAGGAAGGUUCUUUGUUCUUUUGUCACCGUCUUUCUUAAACUUAAAGUUUGUUCCUAAACUUCUAAAACUUAUUUUCCCCCUAGGAGAGCUUUUGAGUAAGUAUGUCUAGGUCUAUCUCACCACUCUUUUUACGUUGGUAUUUCGCGGCAAUUCUGCCGGAACUAACACCCUUAUUCUUCCAGUAGGUAAAUAAAGAUACAUCCUUUAAUAAACUGUAUUUAGUAUUGCCCUGACUUUCACUUCAUUGCGCUAGAACCAAUUUUUCUUCUUCUUAUGUUUAUAUGAUUGGGUCCAACAAUGGAAUCUCCCUGCUCUGAUCUGUACUGGUUAGCAGUAAGCAGAAUUAUCCUCCCAAAUAGUUCCUUCAUCCGUGGAUUUGGAAUAUCCCUAGUAACAGGAGCAAGGUGGCAUCGAAACAGAUCUUUUAACUAGGCUAUAUAAAUCAUUCUUGCACUUUGUUCAGCUUAGCUGUGUCAUUUGAGGAUGGUUAUUUAGUUAGUUAAUAUUCGAAAAACGAUACCAACUAUUCUUUUAACCCAUCAGAUGUAGUUGCUUAUGUGCUUUUGUAAAGAAAAAUGUUUUUAAAAUAUAACUUUUUGUAUAAUACAAAGCAAAUAUCUGUAAAUCUGUAAAUAGUUUUUGGAAAAAUUUAAAUAUAAUUGAUCUGCAACUUAACUAUGGAAAUGUCACUUUAUUUAAAUUUGUCAUUCAGAAUGCAUUUAGUAUUUUAUUGUGAUGUUUUCAAAUUGCUUAGAAAGUCUUUGCGUAUGCUGGGGAAUGGAGAGCUAAUUGCCAAUUGCAUAACAAUGUUAAAUGUUUCUCGCUUGCUUCCUUAAAGUAUUCUGAGAGUGUUUCAGGUGGGCUUUAUGUGGGGUAGGUGUGACGGGAGCAGGGUUUGAUUUAGGAUAGAGAUGUUGCUCAUCUGUACUGUUUUGAUAAGUAACUUCAAAAAUGUUGCAGCUGAACAAAAAUAAUUUAAAAUGAGCAAUCUUUUGAAACAAGACCACAGUGCAGUCAUUACCAAUGCUGACAUUUCUGUAACACAUAGAUGCACUAAAUGAAAUUUCCACUACUUUAAUAUUUUCCUCUCCUCUGUACCCCAACAUCUGUGUGGGGAAAUGUUGCUGAAGUAUUGUAUAAUGUAUUCGGAUUGCUUUUAUAUACUCUUAAGUAAAAUUGCUGCCCUGAACUAAAUUGUGAAUUCUAUAUAAUGUUCUUAUAAUGGUCUUAUUUCCGUCAGCAUCAAACUAUAUAGCUGACCAGCUUUUAGCAGGUUUUUGGACCAAACUGUCAUUAAUUAAUCAAUUCCAUAUUUUUGUUUUUCGGCCAAAGCGUCUUCAUUUGACACUAUCAUCUUGUGAUUCUAAAUCUUUCUCAUGCUGGGUAAAUGAAGAUUUGUGAGGUACCUAAUCCAUUCCUUAAAAGAAACUGUGCAACAGUGUUCACAGCAUCAGAGCUGCCCGUAUUAUAUUCUUCUUGCGAAAUGGCUUCUGACUUAAAUGAGAGUAUUAGCAAGUAGAUGGAAAAUACACUCAAUCCUCUGUCCAUCCAGUGAUUGUACUGGCUGCACUUACCUUCUUGCAAAGGUGGUUAAAUUUUUCAGUGUUGUUGCACCUGCUGCUCUGAAAUUAAAGGGAAAUCCUAGCUGGUUGCAUACUCUGUUAUCUAGCUGUUCUAAAUACUUUUUGAUGCUUUUGGGACAUGGACCUGUGCUUACAAUGUUGCAUUAAAAAGGUGCGGUUUUCCUAUUCCACUUUUUCAACUAAAAAGUGCAGAGUGUGUAUUACUGUCUUCUCAGUAAUGUAAAUUAUUUUUAGAAAGUAUAUUAUAAAACUGUGCUGCAGAAAAUGUUCACAAACACUAAAUACCCUUAGUUUUUUCCUACUGCCAGCAGGUUACAGGCUCUGCACAUUCCACUGAAGGAGAACUACAGUUGUGUAAAGGACCUCCAGUAUUAUUGCAGAGAAAUAACUAAGUUGCUUUAUUUCAGCCUGUGUGUGUAAAGUCAUAGCAUUCAAGCUCUUGAAUACUUGAGUGUUAUUUGCAAACUUUACCACUCUAAAGACUUUCAGUUGGUCUAAUAGAAAAGCAGGUGGUUGCAGCUGAUUACAAGUGCCCUCCUCUUCCCUCUGUUCCCUAGGAAGCUCAUUCCUGCAAGAGCUGGCAUUCAGCCCAUACCUGCAGCAUGCCAGUGCUUCCAGGAACCAGUUCUUCAUAGAACUGUGCUCUUUACAACAAAGAUUGAAAUAAAACCUCCUAUGCAAUGAU